AUGCUCCGCAGCGCCGUGUUGCCGAACAAAUUCACCUUCCCGUUCCUCCUCAAGGCGUGCGCCGCGCUCCCGGGCUCCCCGGGCGUUGUGCUCCAGGCGCACGCCGCGGCUCUCAAGUUCGGGUUCGCCACCGACCAGUAUGUUUCCAAUACUCUCAUACACAUGUGCUCCUGCUUCGGCGGUGAGUUCCUCGGGGACGCGCGGAAUGUGUUCGACAGAAUGGCCAAAUCGAGUGCGGUUACUUGGAGCGCGAUGAUCGGCGGGUAUGUGCGUGGGGGGCUGUCGAGUGAUGCAGUUGGGCUGUUCAGGGAGAUGCAGGCCAGCGGGGUGUGGCCAGAUGAGGUCACAGUGAUUGGUGUUCUAGCAGCAGCAGCAGAUUUGGGAGCACUCGAGCUUGCUCGGUGGGUUGGGCGCUUCAUGGAGAGGGAGGGGAUUGGGAAAUCUGUGAAGCUGUGCAAUGCGCUGAUAGACGCGCUCGCCAAGUGUGGUGACGUGGAUGGGGCUGUGGCAGUGUUCCAAGGGAUGGAGGAGCGGACUGUUGUGUCUUGGACCUCAGUGACUGAUGCACUUGCAAUGGAGGGUCGUGGGAAGGAGGCUGUGGCGGUGUUCGAGGAGAUGAAUACUGCUGGCGUGCGGCCUGAUGAUGUUGCGUUCAUCGGGGUGCUCACUGCGUGUAGCCAUGCUGGAAUGGUUGAUGAAGGUUAUGUCUACUUUGAUUCAAUGAAGAUGGAAUAUGGCAUUGAUCCUAAGAUCGAGCAUUAUGGCUGCAUGGUUGACAUGUUUGGUCGUGCUGGCAUGGUCGAGCGAGCAAUGGAGUUUGUUCAUAUGAUGCCCAUGAAACCAAACCCAAUAAUAUGGCGGACACUUGUUGCUGCAUGCGGUGCCCAUGGCAGGCUUGAGCUUCGUGAAAGCAUCACCAGGAAUCUUCUAAACGAGUACCCGGCUCAUGAGGCCAACUAUGUUAUGCUCUCCAAUGUCUACGCGCUGACACAGAGGUGGGAGGAGAAAUCAGAGAUUAGGAGAGAGAUGAGCAAGAGAGGAAUAAAAAAGGUGCCAGGUUGCAGCCUUGUUGAGCUUGAUGGGGAGGUUCAUGAAUUCAUAGCUGGAGAUGAGUCGCACCCACAGUGGAAAGAGAUAUACAUGAUGGUCGAGGAGAUGGCAAGAGAGCUAAGGCGUGUUGGGCACAUCUCAGCUACAUCAGAGGUUCUCCUUGACCUUGACGAGGAGGAUAAGGAGGGCGCACUUCAGUGGCACAGCGAGAAGCUGGCGAUUGCAUUUGUGCUACUGAGGACUCCUCCUGGUACAGAGGUCCGUGUGGUUAAGAAUCUCCGGGGCAUUGCAGAAGAUGAUGUUAAUGAUAAUUUCAAGGGAGCUUCUGCAAAUCUUUCAAGGUUCGUCCAUUCAUUUGAAAUAUGA